UGUGUUAAAAAUAACAAUACAGACGAACUGAAAUAAUUUGAAUUUGUUAAGCAAAAUGGCGGAAGACAUGAGCGGCUCGAACUCCAUUGAUUCCGCUAUGGAGGACGGCUACACCAAGCCUAUCUGCAUAAUGCCGCCACGUCCAGGCACCGCGCCCAAGAACUUUCACGAGCUCUACAUACCACGUGAUCAGCUGACAAGCAUGAACUAUCCCAUACAAGAGGCGCAGCGCUGGCUAACACUGCUGGGCAAAAAUGGCAAAGUGCAUCGCUUUCCACUGCCCACCAUACUGCCCAAGGUUAUACAAACGCGCAUAGUGCCCAAGGGCGAGCUGCCAAAGGAUGUGGCUGUGGAUCGCAGACGCCGCCAGUACAGCAAGAUCAAUCUUUCAGAGGAGCUUAAAAAGGCAGGACUCACCAACGAUGUGCUGCAGCCCACGGAGGAGCAGUACAACAUAAUGUCCGAGUUUGCAUUUCCCAACAAGUUUCCGCUGAGCUUCUUCGACGACAGCAACUAUGACAUAAGCUCGCCGGAGGCUUGGUUUGAGCUGGGCGUGGUGGGCGAUGUUCAUUAUCCGCUGCCGGCGCGCGCCUUUCUGCCCAGCAAUCGCAGCCUGCGCAGCUGCAGCUGGGUGCUGGCCGCCGUCAUUUCGCACAGCGAAAAGACAGAUCUAUGGACGCUAACUUCACUGGAGGACGACUGCACGUAUGAAGUGCCCAAGCUGCAGUUUAUGUUUCUAGCAGAGGAUCCACACCAGUAUAUCGAGCGUCUAAAGUCUGCUAUACAUGAGCGCCACAAGGGCGAGCAGCUAAUGUUGAUGGAGCUAAUUGUAGACUGCGUGCUGCAUGACGAUAUUGAGUCGACUACCUUUUACAGCUUCAAGCCCAUCGAGGAGCAGCUGAAGCAGGCCCAGUGCACAGAGCUCUGCAAGCGCCGCCUGCGCUCCGAAGUCAACAUUGUCUUCGAGCGCUUGAUGGCGCUUUAUGAGCUCGAAAGAUUUAUUAUAAAUAUGCCCAAGGAGUUUCCGCAGUUUCGCAACAUAUCCUUGAAGGAAUAUAUGCCCAAGGCAGCUCGUGUGGAUUUUGCAGAGCGCGAACGACGCGAGCUGCAGGCUUUGCAAAUGGAUAUAAAGGAUAGACGCCUCAGCUGGAAGCGCGCCAGUCUCUUCUACUGCGCCGGCGGCAUUGAGGCCAUGAUGGGUGUAGCCAUUGAGUGCCAACAUGUGGAAACGCUCAGCAUAUUUGUUGUCAACUUUAACAAACCCACAGCGCUGGCGGACUUUCUGCAAUCGCAGGAGGCGCACAGUGAUCAUGUGGCCACGUUUCUGAAGGUUUACUGGCCACAGCAGUUGACUACUGUGAUCACCAGCGUGCUGCGCGCUCUGGGCAAAGGCUGGCUGGACAUCUCGCUCAACAAUUGGACUGUCUAUCAAAUGUGCAAAAUCUCACGCUUUAUUUGGCAAGUCAAGUUUCGCAUGCAGGAGUCGAUGGAGGUGCUGCUACUUACCUCGCUGCUUAACUUUUCACACUUUGUCUGCGAUCCUUGCCUGCAAUUUCUGCAUUUGAAGCCCAACUACAAGUGGACUAACGAUUAUAUAGAAACGGAGUUUCCCUAUCACAAGCCUGUGUUUGCCUUAACACUUGGCAUCAAUGAGGAUCGCAAGGUGUUCUACUCCACCAAUCCGGAUGAGUUUCAGCCAGCUUUAAUGGAUAUAUUCAAGCGUGGACUGGAGAAAACAAGCGGCGUGCGCUGCAUUGAUGCAGAUGUCAUGUCAUAUCUUAAGUUUGCACCCAAUCUUUAUAUACUGACAGUGGAGUUGAUUGAAGAUCGCUUUAUCAUAGAGAAUGAGCUCAUGCGCAUUUGCUAUGCCCAAGCCGUGUUGCCACUUAAGGCUUAUGCGCGUCACUACGAGCGCUUCAUAGACUUCUAUCUGCUGAAUGUGACGGACUUCAUGAAGGCCUAUGCCGCCGCCAAUAAGCCUUCAUCGCAGGUCAAGCGCGAUAUCAUUGAGCACAAGCGUUUGAAGGAGGAGCUGCGUGUCAUUUUGCCCGCUUUUAUUACCAUUGGACCCUUCUACAUCAACGUGGACACCAUGAAGCAGUACAUGAUUAAGAAGUACAUUGAAAUAGUGCGUCGCAUCUUUGAGUACUACGUGGAUCGCAUGUAUAAUAUCAAUGAAGCAAUUGUGGAGCGUUGCCAAGAGGUUUUCGCCAAGAUUGCCGUGCGUCCCAUGAGCAUUGAGCAUCUGUAUGAGAUACGCGACUUUGGACUCACUGUGCCGGAUCUGGUCGAUCAGCUGCGUGCGGAUAUACAGGUCAUGUGGCUGGAGUAUGAGCUGCUCGAUAGUUUCUUUUAUAACCUCAGCGACUUUCAAUUUGCCAUGAAGUGGAACGCUUAUGCCUGGCCACAUCAGAUUUUGAUGCGUCUGUCCACGCUCAAGGAGGAGCAGAAGAUAGACAUUGAGGAGUUUCUACGCUUGCACUACAGCGAGUGCCAAGGCUUCGAGGAGCGCCUGGAGUCGCUCAAUGAUGAAGUGCAGGCGUUCUCGCUGGUCUUUAAUCCGAAUCGCGCGCAGGAGACCUCAGUGGACAUUAAAAAAACCUCUGCGGUUAUUAAGGAGCUGGAGAAGCUUGGCCAAACGCUGGCGUUUCGCCAGGAGUUGUUCGAGCUGGAGCCGCUGUCCAUGGAGUUUUUGGAGAGCAUCAUUGAGAGCUUUGAGCCAUAUAAGAAACUUUGGUAUGCCUGCGCUAAUUUCCUCAAGCUGGAGGAGGCCACCGUGGGCAAUCCCAUUAUACAAUUGGAUCUGGACGAAGUCUGGAACUAUAUACUCAAGCUGCGCCAAGAGCUGGAGGAAUCAGUAGAGAGCUUUAGUGAGAAGCCGGAGAUUGUGAAUGUGGCGCAUGUGUUUAUGGAGAAAAUCGAAGAGUUUCUUCCGGUCUUCAAUAGCAUUAAGGAUCUUCGCAAUGAGAAUUGGAUAUAUCUGCAUUGGAUGGAGCUGAGCAAGGUCAUUGGCGUUGAAAUCAAGUACACGGUGUCCAUGAACUAUCAGUACCUUAUGCGCAAGGGCAUUCUUGACUUUCUGCCCGAGGUGACUGAGAUCUCCAUAAAGGCCACCAACGAGGCUGAGGAGAUUCGUGCGGCCAUGGAAGAGGAGGAGCGUCGCAAGCAGGCCGAACUCGAUGCCAUGCUGCUGCGUAAGCAACUGCGGAAAUGCCGCAGAGAUAUACUCUAAGUAUCUCUCACUCUGUCUCUCUGUUUUCUCAUUGUAUUAAAUACGUGCCAACUGAUUCUCAAUAAAUCGUAUU